AUGGACCAGUUCAUGACCCGUGGAGACAGAGACCUGGUUGAGAGAUACACAGAAAAACUUUCUGAGAAAGGAGCGUGUCAUGUGGCCAUGAAGACUGAACUGGUCGAGCUGCUGCAGAUGCAGGAACAAGCACGGUCUCGUGAACACUUGGGCCACAAGCUGGUGAGGAGCAUCUCCCGAACGUUCGUUGUUCCUCAGAACAGCUCUGCAGAGGAGAGGGCGGAACAUAUUGUGGGUCUUGCCAGAGUCAGACGCCGCAUGAAGCUGGUUGAUAAUCCAGAGGGUGAAGGAGCGAGAUCAAAGUGGAAGCAAUUCUUCACCAGGAGGAAGAGGAAAGCUGUCCUUGCCUGUUUCCUGGCCGUGCCUUACUUUGAUAUCAGCAAACACAGGGCAAUAAACCUGUUCCUGGAGACAUAUAGCCAGCAGUGGCUGGAGUCCAGUGAAGACCACACCUCCUCGGCUCUCGGGCAUGAGCUCCUGGACCACCAGGACUACCUGGUGACCCACAAGACGGCCUCCCUCCCUCCCCACCACAGAGAUCCCCUCACCCAGCUCUUUACCAUGAUCAAGAGGAAGGCCACCACUGGAGAAUGCCUGGACCAUGAGUUGUUCAUUGCCUAUCCUAAUGUGCUCAGCAAGAUUAUCACUGGAGUCAGGAAUGAUGAAAGAAUUACUGGGGAAGAAAACGUUACAGUUGCCUAUCAGAGCUACUACAAGAGGCGUACAGAGUUGUAUGCGAGACAGAAUCAGCUGGCCAGGAGAGGAGCUGCCUCCACUGUCCUCCUUGUUAUCACUGCAAGUCGAGGUAGCAACUCGGACGUCAUUCACUCCAUUCUGAGACUGGGGAUAGCUCUGCUGGAGGAGGGGAACCAUCUGGUCCAAGAAGAGAUGCUGGCCCAGUUGCAAGCCAUGGACGUCGGUUUCCUCUCCAGUGUAGCCCGCCUCGUGGCUAGCUGCUCUGUUCUUGACUGGAAUGCCUACCAGAGGUACCAAAGGACCGAGGUGAUGCAGUCCACUUCUUGCCUAGCCAUGUCAAAGGUUUUGUGUGGGUCUGAAGUCACAGAGGAUCUCUUCCGCUUCCUUCAACUCCUCUGCGAGGGUCAUAAUGCAGACUUCCAGAAUUACCUGAGGACACAGGCUGGGAACACAACAACAGUCAACAUCAUCACCUGCACUGUGGACUACCUCCUGAGGCUCCAGGAGUCUGUCUCCGACUUCUACUGGCACUACUCUGGCCAGGAGACCAUCGACCUCCUCGGGCGAGACAGUCUCCUGAGGGCUUUCAGGGUCGCCAAACAAGUCUUUAGGACCCUCACUGAGUACAUACAGGGGCCGUGUGUCCCGAACCAAGAGACCCUGGCUAGGAGCAGGCUCCUGGAUGCAGUGUCAGGGUUUCUGCAGGUGUUUGCUGUCCUCCAGAGAAAGCUCUACAGAGACACCAGUCAGGUGGAGCUCCUCAGAGAACUGCUGGGGCUCCAGGAGGAGAUGUUUAUACUGCUUCUCAGCAUGCUGGAAGGAAGUGCUAUGUCGAGUCAGCUUGGCCGACUGAUGGUGGACAUGUUAGUGGAGAGUGAGCAGUGGGUCCAGGAUAUCAUGGCCUUCUUCUCCAUCUUCAUCAAACUCAAGGACUCUACCACCUCAAAGGCAUUCAAGGAGUAUGAUCUGAACAAGGAUGGUAUGAUAUCAUACAGAGAGUUUGAAUUGGCCAUGCAAUCACAGCAGAGAUACACCAAGGAAGAGAUAGCCUACCUGAUGGAGUGUGCAGACACUAACAAUGAUGGCCUGCUGGACUACACGGAGUUCACAGAGAGGUUCCACCAGCCAGCUGAAAACAUUGGGUUCCAUCUGUGUGUGUUGAUAGUCCACCUCUCAGAACACCUACCCCAGGAGAAGAGACUGGCCCAGUUUAAGACCUCCUGUCAGGGUCGAGAGCUGAUGGAGCACUUUGAGCAAGGCAUGGGGUGCAUUGAGAUCCAGGGGAAGAGUGGUCGCAUUGAGAGGGUCUACUUUGAAGUGAAGCAAUCCCGACUAGCACAGUGGAAUGAGACACAGAUAAAGGAAUCUCGGAAGAACUUCCUCCACAGUGUGGACAUGAGGAGCCACAAAAAGAAGCUCGAAGGCUUUGUCAGUUUCUGCGAAGACACCAUAUUUGAGAUGGACUAUGCAGACAAGAUCAGUGGGUCGGAGCAGCGGAGUCGAGAGAGCCGAGCCUUCCAACACCGCCUCAGACAUACCAAGGCCUUGCAGUCUCCUGCUAGGUCCAGACCAAUCCUGCGGAGAGUGGUAGAGGUGGUGAGAGGGAUGUGGAGGAGGCAUCGUCCACUGGAUACACUCAAGACUGUAGUCCUGGCAGUGUGGACACUCUUUGUUCUCAUUCUUCUAAUUCCUCUCCUCAACUUCCUCAAACGAGCUGGGUCCAAGUUAGGUACUGCUCUGUCACGACGUCUGGCUGUGGCUGACCACUCCCACUCACCUGAUCGUAGCUCCACCCACCCACCUCAGACUAGUGGCUCCAGACUUGGAACUCUGGCUCAGCGAAAGGCACUUCGUCUCUCCAUCACAAGAGACCAGUCACAGACCACACCUCCUGCCAAUGCCCAACAGGUCCCAGCUACCACCAGUACCCAGACCACGGAAGAGAAUGGCUCUCAGCAGACUCAAACUCAGAACGGGACACAGGGAGAGCACCCCGCAGCCUCUGGUCAAGCUACACUCACUAAAAGACUCAAGUCACUUCUCCCACACCAGAUACAGACACCGAGAUCCAGCAACACACCUCUAAUUUCAGCGACAUUGCAUCAACUGAAUCUACGCUACAACAGAUCCCACAUGCGUCAUCCCUCCCCAUCCCCCACUAGUCCCCUCCCAACCCAGCAAGGAGACCAGUCUCUCACUCCUGGCAUGGCCGAGGAUACCUACGUCCCCAAGAUCACUCUCUCAACACGAAGCUGGCAGGCGUUUAUUGCCCGCCACUACUACAGACUCAACAGUGUUAAGCUCCUGGUGACCUUCCUCAUCAACGUUGCGCUGCUCUCUUUUACUGUCCAGUCACUUUCUCAAGAGCAGUCAGCAGUCAGUGGUGAUACCUGCGAAGCCAACUCCUCUCUCCACACGUCUGCUGCCUCCUUGUGUUCAGAGACGGUCGAGCUCAUCUGGAACCCUCUCUACUUGAAGCUCCUGUCCCUCUUUCACUUCCUCCUCUCCCUCCUCCUCAUUCUCUCCUACUGGAACCUCAAGGUUCCCCUCAUCAUAUUCAAACGGGAGAAAGAGAUUGCCCGUCGCCUCGAAACCAAGCAUACCUGGCUGGGCUCUCGACCCGGGUGGUCUCCAGGGAUAGGAAACGUCUGGGAGUGGGGCAUGGCAGAUUGGUGGGCGUGGCUCUGUGAUAUGUGGGACAGUACUGUAAUUUCAGCUCCCUCUUUUCCCCGUAACUACUGGGACAAGCAAGUGAAGGACAGAGUUCGCUCACAGUUUGAAGGAGCCAGUCGUGACCUCGUGACCCGCCAACUUGGGAUGGGAACUCAGUGCCCUUUUGAGACCCGUUCAAAGUGGGGCAAUGUUUCCGCGACAGUCAACUCUCUCGGUGACCUCCGCUACUUUGUGUGGAUGGUGGGGACCGUUCUCAGUGACAUGUUAUCUAUUUUUGACCCCAACCUGUAUAUGGUUCUCUACCACAUAUUCUACUGCGGCCUCAGUUUCCUUGGUCUCAGAUCCAACUCGUUUUACUUCUCCAUACAUCUGCUGGACCUUGUCAUGAACUUCAAGCUGCUCAGAACUGUCCUCUACUCUGUGCUCCACAAUGGGAAACAGUUGCUGAUGACAGUCCUCAUGACAUGUGUUGUCAUCUACCUCUACACUGUGAUUGCCUUCAACUACUUCAGAAAGUUCUAUGUCCAACAGAGCCACACUAAUGGGGAGCCUGUCUACGCUUGUGACAAUAUGGCAAAGUGUUUCAUAUACCACAUAGACAAAGGGUUGAGGGCUGGAGGAGGGAUAGGAGAUGUUCUCAAGUCUGCCUCUGGAGAGCCAGACGAGAUCCUCCGCCUCCUCUUUGAUGUCACCUUCUUCUUCUUUGUUAUCGUUAUCCUCCUGGCCAUCAUACAAGGUCUGAUUAUUGAUGCAUUUGGAGAGCUGAGGGACAAAGAGGACAGCAUCACAUCCGACAUGAAGAACAAGUGCUUUGUGUGCGGUCUUCCAAAGACAGAGUUUGACCACGUUGCCCACGGCUUUGACAAUCACAUCACUCGAGAUCACAAUGCUGCCAACUACAUGUUUUUCCUGCAGUACCUGAUUAGAAAACAAGAGUCAGAGUUUUCAGGACAGGAGUCAUAUGUAUGGGAGAUGUACCUGAAGAGGCGGUGGGAUUUCUUCCCAGUUGGAGACAGUUUCAGAGGUCAGGAGGAGAGGAGGCAGCUGUCUGGGCCAGAGGGUGUGGCCUCCUCCAGGAACAAGACCAAGAGACCCUUCUCCCCACUCCUUAUGCAGAGUAACUACACCAGUCCAUCAGUAGUCACCGCUACCCAGUCUUUGUAACUCAUUUCAUCAGAGAACUCAAGAGUUGUUUAGUAUUUUUAACCCCAUUUUUAGAGUCAUUUGUACUGUUGUUGUUUUCAUGC